UAUUUAUGCAAAAAAUUCAAAACUUUAUUGAAAACAAUAAAGCAGUUGUUGCUAUAGCUGCUGUUGCUGCUGCCAUCGGUAUUGUUGGAAUAAAGGUCUUAAAUUCAGAAAAUAGAGGGAGUGGUAUUAAUUUUUUGUAUUUUUAAGCCAAGAUCUUGGAUGCUAGUAUUUAAUAAGUUUCCUUAAUUGAAAGAUUAGGAGGAGAGUAAUCAGCUUAAAUAUAUAUAUCAAUGUUAUUUGAUCGAAUCUCUAACGAUAAAGAUUUUAAGCCACUUUUGUAAAGUUUUGACAAGAGCGUAAUUCCUAUAUGAUAUAAAUACUUAGAAACUUAAAUAGCAUUUCAGUUCUGUAGUACUACAUUUAUUUGGAAAAAGUCUAACAUCAUCAUAAUUAAAUUUUUCAGAACAUUGCAAACUGAAUCUAACAGAAGCUUAAUUUGAAACCCUUUUAAAUCUUUUAAAUCAAUUAUUCUAGUAAUUAGGAGUAGACAAUAGAGAAAUCAAAGAUGCAAAUGAAGCAUUUUAAAAUGUUAAAUAAUAACUUAUUGGUCCAAAUAAGAAUCCUUGAU